CUGUCACUAGUCACAUGACCCGGAAAAUGUGGGGCUUGAUUCCUGUGUUGGACUGCUCCCAGCUGCUGAAGCUCUGCCCUUCGCAGUGCAAGCUCUCCAUACUCCCCAUCACGACCCCCUCGCCCCCUUCGGACUCUCCUCAACGCACCAUGUCGGACCAAGCUUUUGUGACGCUGGCCACAAAUGACAGCUACGCCAAGGGAGCGAUGGUUCUCGGCCAGUCGCUACGAAAUCACAACACAACCAAGAAACUGGUUGCACUCAUCGGACCUCAUGUCGCAGAGCCUUGCAGAGAAGUGCUACGCUCCGUUUUUGACGAGGUGUGUGUGGUGGAUGUCAUGGACUCAGGCGAUUCAGCUCACCUGGCUCUGAUGAAGCGACCGGACCUGGGAGUAACAUUCACCAAACUGCACUGCUGGACUCUCACACAGUACAGCAAGUGUGUGUUCAUGGACGCAGACACGCUGGUGCUAUCAAAUAUCGACGAGCUCUUCGAGAGAGAGGAACUAUCAGCAGCACCAGAUCCUGGCUGGCCCGACUGUUUCAACUCCGGGGUUUUCGUCUUCAGGCCGUCCAAUGAGACGCACGAGAAGCUGCUGGCGUACUGCAGUGAAAAUGGCAGCUUUGACGGUGGAGAUCAGGGAGUCCUCAACAGUUUCUUCAACACUUGGGCGACGGCAGAUAUUUCCAAACACCUUCCCUUCAUCUACAACCUCAGCAGUAUCGCCAUCUACUCCUACCUGCCAGCUUUCAAACAGUACGGCCGCAACGCCAAGGUGGUGCACUUCCUGGGCAAGGUGAAGCCAUGGAACCACUCCUACGACGUUCAGAGAGGGGAGGUCAGAGGUCACUCCCAGUCCCCCGAGCUGUGCCAACUUCACCCCGACUAUCUGCUCAUGUGGUGGAAGCUGUACGCCAAAUCUGUGGUGCCUUUACUGCAGCAGGCCUACGGAGAGACGCCCUUCAACUGUGGCUUCUUUGACGCAAGCGAAGACGGUAAACAUGAUGAUGUGAGCGAGCAGGCUGCUGUCUUCGCUCCCCCUCCCCAGAAGGUUUCAUCAGAGGAAAGGAAGCAGCGCUGGGAAGCGGGCCAGAUCGACUACUUGGGAGAUGAUUCCUUCGCCAAUAUCGAGCGAAAGCUUGACUCCUUCUUAAAGUAGCAUCCAGAGGAGGGAGUGUGACGGACAGAGAGAGCGCCAGUCAAAGCUCUUUGUGGGCGGGGUUUUAAGCACUGCUCGGCCAAUCCCGGGGGCUUCAUUAGCAGGUGACUGGAUGAAAGCCUCUGAGCACCUUUGAGCCUCACUCUCUGCAUCCUGUCAGCGUGUGUGUGAAUGACAGAGAACAUAAGUCUGACACAGUGUCCAUGCACCAUUCAGUUCUUUCCCUAAAAGGAAAAGUCUGACAUUUCAGGGAAUACACUCGUUUUCACUUUCUCACAAUUUGAAAUCAGAGGAUUAAGACUAUUUACUGGUCUAUAGGGAAAAUAUGAAGUUAUCUCCAGCAGCUGGCUAACUUAGCUUAGCACUGGGACUUGCACUGCGUACAACACUCAGAAACUUGGUCACUUAUCUUCCUGUUCACAAACCCGAGGGCAAACGAUGGAGAUUUUUUUGUAAUCCUGCAGAUGUUAACUGUCUGCCCAGAAUGCCAAAAUGUCUGCCUGCAGCAAAUCUAAUGUUUAAAUCCAAUAUUUCCACUGACUGCAGCACUCCUGUUUUUCCCUCUCAGUGUUCGAUGUAAACUUUGAUUUUGACCCGGUCAAACAUUUCUGUUGUUCGGGAAAAACCUUUGCAGAUUAAAUCUGGUGCUGUAGUAAAAAAACAAAACAAUAAGUAUGAUAAAAGGAGUAUUUGGAUUUUCCUUUCCAGCAUUUGCUAAAUGAUAAAACCCCAAAGUAGUGUACAAAGUGCUGAGGCUAGCAUCAGGGCUAGAAAACAGCUACCCUUGCUUUGUCUAAAUGUGACACAGUCUGCAUGCCAGCUCUGUUAACCCACCUAUUAUGUUGCGGGUCAAAUUGACCCUUUUUAAAAGUCUAUUCUAGGCAUUAAAUGCCUUCCAAACCAGCUAAAUGCAGCAUAAAAAUCUGGGCAGCAUGUGACAGAAGAGGUGUCGUGUUAAUUUAUCAACAUCACUUCAUAAAAAUAAAAAAAUUCAAAAUAUAAAAUAAAAUAAAAAAAAGUCUAUGUCAUGUAAAACUAUUGUAUUUAUAUUUAGGGCUUUCCAAUGUACAUUAAAACAUUCUUUUAACAUUAAUUUUAAUAAAAAAACGAGUGAGUUAUCCUCAUUGUACAUGAUCUGUGAGAAUUAAAGAACACCAAUGGACUAGAUCUUGAUUUAAAUGGUUAGUAAUGGAGUCAAAAACUAGAUUAAAAAUGUAUAUUGGGAUUUUUUGGUGUUCUGACACUUUGGAUAAUUAAAUAUGCCCCGGGUCAAAUUGACCCAGGAACAUUAAUGCUGUUCCACAGAAACAAACAUAACAGGAGGGUUAAAGCUCACCAGUUAACAUGUUAUAUCUUGUUUUACCAAUAUGUGCAAAUCCCAAGUGUCAACAUUUUCUGUUUCUGAUUUUACAAAAUCUUUCUUUAAGGUUUGUUUUACUUUAACAAAAGAGAUGCAACGUUUUAAUUAGGGAGCUUUGGAGAUAGUGAUAGGUGGAGUGUGCUACAUUUAGCAAUCUGUUAAACUGUUCCAGGUUUAUGCUAGGAGUGUUGUAGGCUACUUGUAAUCAAGUCUUGGCCUGGAGACCAAGUCCAUUUUUAAAAAUCUGUUUUAUCUUAGACUUAUUCAUAUUUUAACCUGCCACCUCUUAUGUCUGACAAAAGCUGCUGUGGAUUACUUCUCAAGACCAGUCUAGAUAAGAGCCGGAGAGAAAUCAUUGAGUUACCGGGCAUUGUUUGACAUAUAACAUGGAUGCUAAACAUCCUGCGUCAAAUGAAUUAUUGAAACGCUUGAUGCUGUCAGUGUCUGCUAAUGGCAAGCUAAUUUAUUUAGCUAAUGCAGGGCUAUGUACCCCCAAUGCAUGAUUGACAGACUCAGGGCCAGCUGAUUGCGCGUUUCACUAGCCCAUGUGGGCCAGUUAAAACACUGUAACAAUGUUUUCCUUUGUCAGUGAGUCUUUUCUAAUUUCAGGCUUGUACAUUUUCUAAACCCCUGGUCCCCAGACAAAAGCCGGGCCAAAGACUACAUAAAGAAAAGAAACUCACCAAAAGAGUCGAGGGACACAUGAACGACACAUGUAGCGUAAUAUCAACCCCUUUACUACAUCAUAUAUUUAGGGAUGUAGCUAUUGCAGUGUUAACCUUGAGGUAGAUUGAGAGUUCAGGGCAUGUCAUAACAAGAUUUGAUUGUGUUGUAUUGUGUUUGAUCAACAAGUAGAAGACACAAAGUGAUGAAGGUCAUGUUUAUCAAGUUACAUAACCAUAAGCUAAUGUCAUCUCUGAUAGCAAUGCUACAAAAUGCAUAUAACAAUAUAUACUUAUAUAUAGCCUGCUUGGCGAGUCAUAAGCACACAGCAUGUUACUUUAAGUGCUGAUUUAGAGUUUGAAUCAACAGUUUCAGAUCUAAUAUGAGUAUUUUAAGGUGCUCGUUUGUUUUAGAGCUCCUUUCUCUGGCUCACUGCAUCACUCAAUUCAUUCCCAGACUGUUUGGUAGAAGCUUAAAGUAAACUGCACACCUACUGUACCUCUUUCUGAGGAACUUUAAUCAUCUUAGAGAUGCUUGUAAUUUUUGGUGUAGUGUUAAGGAAAGUAGGUGGGUGGUAAAACAUGGUAAAAGGAUGUUGAUUAAAGAUGGUGAAAUAGAUUUAAGCAAGUGUUUGUAUUUUUUUGCUCAUAGAAAUUGCCACUUGUAGGUUUGCACUAAUUAUGUAAACAACUAUAUAGCCUUGGUCCUGGUCUUGACUCGGUGUGAAACACUCAGGGUCUUGAUCUUAUCCUGGUCUCUAUAUACUCUGGUCUUGGUCUUGAUUUAGUGUUUCAAGUGAUAUUGACUACUACACAGACGUGCAGAAGCGGUAUAAAUUGCCUUUUCAUCCCACAGGAAAAAAGUAGAUAAGCGUCCUUCCCAAAAUGUCAGACUUCUCCUUUAAAGUGUUCUCGUGCUGAUCAUGUCUUCCGAAUCUGUGAAAACUUUCAGCAACAGAAACGUAAAACUAGCAUUUGCUGGAAAUGUUUUAGAGUUAAGUGGAAUUUACCACAACUUCUCUCCUGCAAUAACUCACUCAAUCCAAACCUCAUUGGAGCAGAUGUUCGGCUGGCUCACGCCUCCUCGUACGGUCCUGUCUCUGUUUAUCAGCCAGUUAUGAGGAUCCUGCUUUAAUAACACAGCAUUUAUCUCACCAGAGUUCACAAAUGAACAUCCCUACCUGUGCCUCUGACGCUCACCAGCUCCCCAUGACUUCAGCUUUGUAAUGUCCAGUGUUGUAUUAGGGUCAGGGUCGGGGUCAGUUGUGUUGUAUUUUGCAUGGCACAGAGCUCAAAAAGUGGGUCAGUAAUGAAGUUUUUCCAGCCACAUCCUGAAGUGAUGUUGAUAGAGUCUUGUAUGUAUUUAUGUGCUACUCUGACAUAUCGUUUGUACGCGUGUCCUGCAUGUUAAGUUCCUGCCAGACCGACAUCAGUAUAUCUGUGUCAAGACCUCUUUCAUCAGUUCCUGUCUGUAGUGUUACCAGCUGCCUUAUUGCCAUUCACUGUUUACAAAACCUCAACUACUGUAACUGCUGCUAGUAGCACAACAACCUCUCUUGAUUUCUUCCUCUCCUGUUGCCUUUGCCUUCUUUAUUUCACUCCAGCUGUGUGCCCUUAAACGACACUGUAAUCCUUAGCUACUAACAGUAAUGAUAAUACGCCCUUCACUCCAUUUAACACACUCCUACAAGAGGCUGGCAAAGCUGGGAGGAAAGUCCAUAUGUAAUUCUUCUAACCUGCAGAAUCUGGUGAAUGCAUGAGUGUGGAAGUGAAAUGUAACUGUUGAGACAUCAUUAAGUGCAGGUCAAUCAUGUUCCCCGGCUGUUAACUGUUCAUCCCUGUGGAUUAUCUAAUAAAGAACGGGUGAAACCUCUUUUUAUCCAUCUGA